AGUCCUUAUUCCAUUCCGGAGAGGCUAAGUUCUCUUAUCCUUUUAUUUAUCUCCUCUUUCUCUCCUUUACCUCCUUUUCUUCUUCUUCUUCUUCUUCUUCUUCAAUCUCUACCAGUCUACCAGUCUUCUUCAGUACUAACCCGUGUUUUAGUUCAACCGCAUUUUUCAAGAUUAAAAUUCAAAUAGCAGCUUUAUUGACUGAUAAAUCGUUGAAAAUAUAGUGUAUGAAUGCAUGUUGUGCAAAUCAUGAGUAUCUUCUUAUGACCCCCAUAUGCCAGUAUAUGAAUUUAGAGUAGAGAGAAAUAGUAUGUCUUAUUUAUUGCCACAAUUCAAGAGUUUGCCAGAUACUUUUGUCCUUUGCUUCAAAACCAACCAAAACUCCACCAUUCAGCUUUCAAAAGGUAGAGAUCAUAUUCAUUUGAGGACACAAUGUAUCCUAGCUACUACAUCUGCAGCAACAUCAACAGCAACGUCUACAGUGCUUGACAUUGAGAAGCUAAAGUUACCAUCUAUUGAAAUCCUUUCAAGUUCAGUUGCAGCGGAGAGAUCAUGGAAACCACCAUCAACUGCCACAUCAGCAGUACUUGAUAUACCGAGGCUAAAGUUGCUAUCUUUUGAGGCUAACCCUGAUUCAGUUGCCCCAGAUAGGCCAUGGACAUACACUGGGGCAGUUGGUCCACCUACAGAGGCGAACACUAAAAGUGCUUUAGCUACAGAAAAUCUUGUUACAAGUGAUGAAGCUGUUGUAGCCGCUGCAGCCGCUGAAGCAGUUGCUUUAGCAAAGGCUGCAUUGAAGUUUGCAAAAGACGCUGUAUUGUUGGUCGGCCAUAACAAUCUAAAGAACUCCGAUGAUGCUGGUAGAGGUACUCUAUCAGAAGCUAGGACUACUCCGUUUGAGAGUGUUCCUCUGGCCCAACCUAGUGAGACAGGGAGAGUUCGUGUUGGUGCAGAAUUUAAGGGAAGUGAGAUGAAGUGGAGCGAAAGUAGUUUAUUUGAGGACUCCCUUACAGAUUCUGAUGACUUGGAGCCAUCACCUGAAGAACUGGAAAUUCUUCAGUCGCAGCUGUCAAAUGUCAUCGCUGUGAAAUCGACGCGUCAAACUGAGCGGAAGGCCAGAAGAGGGAGAGCAGCAGAGAGGGCCGCAGCCAAUGUUGUCUCUGUGAAGUCUGGUUCUACUAGUCGAAAGAAGCGUACUUCAGUACAAGAGGUUGAUUACUCGGAUCCAUUGCGUUACUUGAGAGGAACUACUGGUAGUUCUAGGCUACUGACUGCAUCUGAAGAACAGGAGUUAUCGAGAGGAAUACAGGAUCUAUUGAAGUUGGAAAGACUUGAGCAGGAGCUUGCAGCGCGAUGCGGAGGUCAGCCUACUAUUGCCCAAUGGGCUGCUGCAGCCGGAGUUGAACAAAAGACUCUAAGGAAGCGUCUGAACUAUGGCAUUCUUUGUAAAGAUAAAAUGAUUAAAAGCAACAUAAGGCUCGUUAUUUCUAUUGCCAAAAAUUAUCAAGGAGUAGGGAUGAAUCUUCAAGAUCUGGUUCAGGAAGGAUGUCGGGGACUUGUAAGAGGUGCUGAAAAAUUUGAUGCUGCUAAGGGUUUUAAGUUCUCAACUUAUGCUCACUGGUGGAUUAAGCAGGCAGUUAGGAAAUCCCUUUCUGAUCAGUCUAGGACGAUUCGGUUGCCAUUUCACAUGGUUGAGGCUACGUACAGAGUUAAGGAAGCAAGAAAGCAAUUAUUUACUGAAAAUGGUAGGCUUCCUAACGAUGAGGAAGUAGCUGAAGCAACAGGGUUGUCAAUGAAGAGGCUCACUGCUGUGAUGCUAACUCCUAAAGCUCCAAGAUCACUUGACCAGAAAAUCGGGUUCAAUCAAAGUCUCAAACCUUCGGAAGUGAUUGCAGACCCUGAAGCUGAAACAUCAGAAGAAAUGCUGAUGAAGCAGUUCAUGAGACAGGACCUGGAGAAGGUAUUAGACACCUUAAAUCCAAGGGAGAAGCAGGUUGUUAAAUGGCGAUUUGGACUAGCUGACGGGAGGAUGAAGACUUUACAAGAGAUUGGUGAAUUAAUGGGCGUUAGCCGGGAGAGAAUCCGACAAAUAGAGUCUUGUGCAUUCCGCAAGUUGAAGAACAAGAAAAGAACUAAAUUUUUGCAGCAAUAUAUAACUGCUUAAAAUCUCUAUUAUUAUUAUUAUUAUUAUUAUUAUUAUUAUUAUUAUUAUUAUUAUUAUUAUUAUUGUUUAUAUAUAUCAAGAAAGUAGCAUUGACCUUCUAGUCAUUGAGUCUUUUGUGGUUAGAAAAUUUGAGGCUCAGAUAAGCUUUGGUUCUUCAACUCUUCUUAUUCUUCAGAACCUCUGCAAAUAUUUUGUGCAUAAUACAAAGUUUUGGCUCCAA